AAGCUAUUCGCUUAGUAAGUAGCGUCAUCUAGCCGGAGUGAACUCACUUACACGAACUAUAUCGCCGUUGAUUGAACCCGUGAGCGAAUCAGCUGAUCGCCACGCUUACGUGCGGGAGAAUCAGCUGUGUGGACAGCAUGGACGACGCGAACAGCAUGGGUGGUGUAAUAAACGAGGAUCACGAGAUACCGCCUGCCAAAUACGAGUAUCUGGAUCACACCGCGGAUGUACAAUUACACGCAUGGGGCGACACGCUGGAGGAGGCUUUCGAACAAUGCGCGAUGGCUAUGUUCGGUUAUAUGACGGAUCUCGAACGCGUGGAAAUCACGCAGGUGCAUCACAUCGAGGCCGAAGGUGAUGACAUGGAAAGUCUGCUCUUUCACUUCCUUGACGAGUUACUCUUUAUGUUCAGUGCCGAGCCAUAUAUAGUUGCCAAGAAAGUCGAGAUUACUGAAUUCAAUCGGGAAGAGUUUAAAAUCAAGGCAACCGCGUACGGAGAAGAGUUCGUGAUUGGCAAGCACACGCAGGGCGCAGAGGUAAAAGCUAUCACGUACUCGGCGAUGCAGAUCAACGUUCAGCCGCAAGUGGAAAAGCCCGAGAUCUUCGUGAUCGUUGAUAUAUGAUAUAAUCCUUGUUUAUCGAUUUCUCUGCAUUUGUAUUUUAAAGAUAUUUCUGUGUACCUUUCUGACAAUGCUCUAAAAACGACAAGGAAAAAAGUAGGGGAACGGGGGAUGACUCUUGGCUUGAACGAGGGGUUUAGAGGAAAAAGUAGAAGGAGGUCGGUAAGAAGGGCAAGAAGGGAAACCGUACCGUGCUUCCCCUACGGUCUACAUAGGAUGCGAUCCUUUUGUACUUGCCUCGAAGGGUUCAAAUAAAUACGUUACGAAGAAUA